AGUCGUCUAACCAAUACCAAUAUGAAAGUUUACUUUUCAAAAAUGACAAAACACGUCAGUUUGACAGGUUUAAAAAUAAAUAACAAAUUAAUAAUUUUAAAUAAUACUAUUUGAGUUUGAGAUAAUACCAGAUAAUACCAAUCAGGGUUUUCUACUUAAUAUAAUUUGUAUUUUUUUUCUCAUUAUGAUCUAUUGUCAAGUAUUUUUUACUGUCUGAAUUUAACUUUUUUUUUUAAUUUAAACAAAAUCUCAAGAGUUUAAGUGCUGUUGUUUAAACUGCUGUAAUGAAUUUCUAAUAGCAUCAAACUGUUCAAUGGAAGAAGUAAUUGUAGUAAAUGAACCAACAGGGCAGAGUCCUAAAAUAGAAUAUCAGAUUCCUUCCAGAAAAUUAUCAGUUGCCUCAGUACAUUGUAGAAUUUGCUAUGACAAUGAGAAGCCAGAAGAACUCAUAGCACCUUGUCACUGUAAGGGUACAGUUGCUUUUGUUCAUCGAUCUUGCUUAGAGACUUGGUUAAGCGAAUCGGGUACAACAAUAUGUGAAUUAUGUCAUCAAAUUUUUAAGACUGAAAGAACUCCAAAAUACAAAUCUUCAAAAUCAAUUUGGAAAUGGCUGCUUUAUGGUUCUCGAUAUCCUGGUCAAGGUGUAAGAGGGGAUAUUAUAGCAUGUACAGUUAUUACACCUUUAGCUAUUAUAGUAACAUAUGUAUGUUUAUAUUCGUCAGAGUACUAUAGCCAGCAGAAAUUUUCACAAAUUCCAGCAGCUAGAUGGACUUCUAUAUCAUUGCUGAUCAUGAUAGUAAUUAUGUUGUUUGGGUAUUACUUAUGGGUUUAUUCUGUAAUUCGGCUACAUGCUAGAAUGUGGUACAACUGGUGGCAGAGAUCCUGUGUUGUUAGAUACAUACCUCCAAGUUCAAUAUCUCUACAUACUGGUAAUGAUGAGCAUAUAGGUUUGGUGCCAAAUAAUACUCCUAAUCCACAAAGAAACGAGAAUGAAACACUAAGUGAUAAUGAUUCGGUAACAAAUUUUGAGUCUGUGAUAAAUAUAGAAGCUUCUUCACAAGCUACAGAAGAGGUGUAUUUAAGUUCACAUGAAAAUCAACUGAUUGGUGAUGGAGAAAUAUCUAUUAACAUGGAUACACCAUGUACCAGCAGUGAGACUCUUGAUUUAAAAUAAAAUGUCUGUCUUCUCUGUCAA